GUGCAUAACGAAGAGACUCGUGCUAUUUCGUUGAUACGUCUUGCAUAAUUAAUUCUUGAACAAUUGAACAAUUGGAGUGUCUCAGACACAUCUGUGGGUGGAAUCCUUGUGAAUUGAGAAACUGGGAUCAUCUUGGUGUCAACAUUUUGGAGCAGUGGAGCAGUGGCGUCUCUGGAGAUGUGCUCUAAUAGCUGAUGAUGUUCUGAAUGUUCGGUUUUUUCACUUGGUUAAUGGAUUAUUGGAUUCAUCUCUGAGGAAUGUGAACGGUUCAUCUUGGAAUUGUGGAAAGAAUGAGGUUAGAGGAGAUGCCACUGCGACUCAGCUCGGAUGAUCACAAUUUUGAAAUGGACGAGGAGACCGACUACCUUCUGCAGCCCUCCGACGAGAAUCUCCGACCUAUUAUCAAGAGAAAUAGGAGAAUUAAUGCUUGCACUGGUUUUUUAAAAUAUUUCCUCUGUGGGUGUUGCAGCUGGAUGUGGAGACGAUGUUGCCGAGAGCGAGAGCUCAGGGCCAGAACGAUUCACAUCGGAAAACCGAUGUGCGAAAAAUUUCCCACGAAUGUCAUCAGGAAUCAAAAAUACAACAUCAUCACUUUUCUACCAUUUGUUCUCUUUCAACAAUUCAAAUUCUUCCUCAACCUCUACUUCCUGAUAAUGGCUAGCUCACAGUUCAUUCCGGAGAUCAGGAUUGGGUACUUGUACACCUACUGGGGACCACUUUGCUUCGUUCUGGCUGUGACAAUCUGUCGUGAAGCAGUCGAUGACUUUCGUCGGUACAAACGAGACAAGGAAGUCAAUGGCCAGAAAUACAAUCGUCUUGUCAGAGGUUCAGACGUGCCGGAGUUGGUGCCCAGCUCUAAACUCAAGGUCGGUGACAUGAUAAUUGUGGAGAAGGGACAGCGGGUUCCAGCGGACCUGGUGCUGCUACGGACGACUGAGAAAUCGGGGGCUUGCUUCGUGAGAACCGAUCAGCUCGAUGGAGAGACUGAUUGGAAGCUGCGACUCACCAUACCAGCGACCCAGAAGUUGGAGAGCGAUUCGGAAUUGUUUGAUAUCAAGGCGAAUCUGUACGUGGAGAAGCCUCAGAAGGACAUCCACAGUUUCAUAGGGACCUUCACGAGAGAGCACGGAGUGGAGUUCAUUGAGGAGAGCCUAGGGGUGGACAACACUCUUUGGGCAAAUACUGCUGUGGCAUCUGGAUCAGCUCUUGGUGUGAUCGUGUACACGGGACAGGAGACGAGGUCCUUGAUGAACCACUCAGCCCCUCGAUCGAAAAUUGGACUCUUGGAUCGAGAAAUUAAUCAACUGACAAAAGUCCUCUUCGCUGCUGUCAUUGGUCUCGCUCUCGUCAUGAUGUGCCUCAAGGGAUUCAGUGGUCCCUGGUACAGAUAUAUGUUCCGAUUUAUCCUCUUGUUCUCCUACAUAAUCCCCAUAAGUCUUCGCAUCAACCUUGAUAUGGGAAAAACGUUCUACGCGUGGUGCAUACAGAGGGAUAAGGAAAUCAGUGGAACUGUCGUCAGGACCACUACAAUACCCGAAGAAUUGGGGCGAAUCUCGUAUUUAUUGAGCGACAAAACAGGAACAUUAACCCAAAAUAAAAUGGUCUUCAAGAAGCUGCAUCUGGGAACGGCUUCCUAUGGACAGGAGUCCUUUGACGAGAUCUCUACUGUCUUGAAGAAUUACUAUCCAGGAGAGGGAGAGGGAAAUGCCGAAGAUAGGGAAGUGAAAAGGAAAAGAAAUAUUCAAAAUACUCCGGGGAUAUCUGGAAAGGUCAGAAGGUCCGAGAGUACGAGGAUCUACGAGGCUGUGCAUGCCCUAGCUCUCUGUCACAAUGUCACUCCUGUCUACGACGCCACUACAACUGCUGUCAAUGAUGACACUAGUGUCACCACUGUGGAAACUCUGGAGACGGGUUCAAUUCAGAGUCAGACAGAGUCAGAUCAGCAUUUUUAUAAUUUCGAGCAGACGAGGAAUUAUCAGGCCUCUAGUCCCGAUGAAGUUGCUCUGGUUAAAUGGACAGAGGAAGUCGGUUUGACUCUCUUCCAGAGGGAUUUGAAUACCAUUCAGUUGAAAGCUGUCAAUGGAGAGCUCAUGAGCUACACGAUCCUUCAGAUUUUUCCUUUUACGUCGGAAACCAAGAGGAUGGGAAUUAUCGUUCGAGAUGAGUCGACUAAAGACAGGGAGAUAACGUUUUACCUGAAGGGAGCUGACGUCGUCAUGUCGGGAAUUGUUCAGUAUAACGAUUGGCUCGAUGAGGAGUGUGGUAAUAUGGCCAGAGAGGGUCUUAGGACCCUAGUCGUCGCUAAGAAGAGUCUCACUGAGGAGCAGUACACGGAUUUUGAGACCAAGUACCACGCUGCGAAGUGUGCAGUCAAUGAUAGGCCCUCCCGGGUGGCUGCUGUCAUCGAAAGCCUGGAGAGGGAAAUGGAGCUCCUCUGUGUCACCGGUGUUGAAGAUAGAUUGCAGGACAGGGUGAGACCCACCCUCGAGCUUCUGAGAAAUGCUGGGAUCAAGAUAUGGAUGCUGACUGGGGAUAAACUGGAGACUGCUACCUGCAUUGCCAAGUCCUCCAGGCUCGUGUCGAGGACUCAAGGACUCCAUAUAUUUAAGAAUGUCGUUACGAGGACUGACGCACACCUGGAACUCAAUACAUUCAGAAAAAAACAGGACUGUGCUCUUGUCAUUAGUGGAAACUCUUUGGACGUCUGUCUACAGUACUAUCAAACAGAGUUCAUGGAGCUGGCCUGUGGCUCCCCAGCUGUCGUGUGCUGUAGGUGCUCUCCAACUCAGAAAGCUGAGGUUGUGACUUUAAUUAAGAGUCACACUGACAAGAGGACUGCUGCUGUUGGCGAUGGGGGAAAUGAUGUUUCUAUGAUUCAGGCCGCUGAUGCUGGCAUUGGAAUUGAGGGGCUGGAGGGACGACAGGCUUCGCUUGCUGCUGAUUUCUCCAUCUGUCAAUUCAAUCAUCUUGCCAAUCUCUUGCUUGUCCAUGGCCGGAGGAGCUACAAGAGAUCUGCAGCUCUCUCCCAAUUCGUCAUUCAUAGGGGUCUUAUAAUUUCAACAAUGCAAGCAGUUUUCUCUGCUGUUUUCUAUCUGUCGUCUGUUGCACUUUAUCAGGGAUUCCUCAUGGUUGGGUAUGCCACGAUCUACACUAUGUUCCCAGUAUUCUCUCUGGUACUGGAUAAGGACGUGUCUAGGGGGGUCGCCAUCAAGUAUCCGGAGCUGUACAAGGACCUCAGCAAAGGCAGAUCUCUGUCGUACAAGACAUUCUUCAUGUGGGUUCUCAUCAGUAUUUAUCAGGGUGGUGUCAUCAUGUAUGGAGCGCUCAUCAUGUUCGAGGAUGAGUUUAUUCAUAUCGUUGCCAUCAGCUUCUCAGCUCUUGUUCUCACUGAAUUGAUCAUGGUUGCUCUGACUAUCAGGACUUGGCAUCACAUCAUGGUUAUCGCUGAACUUACUUCUCUCGCCCUUUAUUUACUCUCACUAUUCGUUCUCAAAGAUUACUUCGAUGCUGAAUUCAUCACCACUACUGACUUCUUCUGGAAGGUUCUUGUUAUUACGUUGGUAUCGUGCCUUCCUCUCUAUGUACUCAAAUUUCUGAGGAAGAAAUUCUCACCCCCGAGUUACACUAAGUUGUCGUAAUUUCGUUUAUGUAUAUAACGAUAUGUAAAUUAUUUUUUAUAGUCAAGUAUGAAUAAGUAUUAUGGAAUUCAAUCCAGGGAAAUGAAAUUUACAAAGGAUGAGUGGAAUUUGUUUUUGUUGAGACCCAGACUUUUACGAAAAUUCCCUUUUUCUUAAUUUUGUUGGAUGAAGAAAUGAGAAAUGUUUGUAAUUGGUGGAAUAAAUUAUUCUCUGAGGAGUA